GCAAUGAUUUGACAGCUUUCAAAAUUAAAUUUUAUGCAGGUUAACGCGAAGCAGAAUUUUAAUUUGAAUUUUUUUUUCCUAAAUUGUUUCCCAAAAUUUUGUUAAACAAGUUAUUAAUUAUUUGCACGAAUACUUUUUAAAAGGAAGAGUGAAAAAUGGAGACACCACGCCGAUUGACACGUAAUAUGCACAUGCAACAUAUUCAGAAGAUAAGUACACCACUGCGGAUACCACCGUCGCCGUUUAUGAAGAAUCUCGGCUACGGCACUGGUGUCAAUGUUUAUAGAUUAGAGCGUUCGCCUAAGUGUGGCCAAGUACGUUCUCCUUGGGCUGUCAAGCGUAUUUCCAAAAGGAUAUGUAAUAAUGAGAGUGCGGCGGAAAUUUUCAAUUCACGCAUUCACGAAGAAGCAGAAAUCUUAAGAAAACUCUCGCAUCCAAAUAUUGUUGGAUUCCGUGGAGCAAUUAAAGGUGCUGAUGGGUUAGAAACUUUAGCCUUAGAAUGUUGCAAAACCUCAUUAGGUUCUAUAUUAGAAGAUCGCAACGAGGAUAAUCUGGGGCCUCUACCAGCAAAGUACACCAUCAAAAUGAUUGUUGAUAUAGCUCACGCCCUCGAUUAUUUACACACCGAAGCCAAGUUAUUGCAUGGCGAUUUAAAAUCAUUUAAUGUGCUGGUGAAGGGCGAUUUUGAAAUGUGUAAAUUAUGCGAUUUCGGAGUAAGUUUGCAAAUUGAUGAAAAUGGUGUAAUUAAUUUCAAGAAAAAUCCUCAUUUACGUUACGUUGGUACAAAUAUUUGGUCAGCACCCGAAGUGAUAGAUGAGUUAGAAAUUAUUGAUUGUAAAGCAGAUAUUUUUAGUUUUGGGCUUGUCAUCUAUGAAACAGUUGCACUAGUACCACUUCAUACAAUAGAUAUAGUAGAUAAUGAAAAAGAUGAAACUACGAAUUCAGUGGAAUGUUCUAAUAUAAGUAGUUCAAACGAACAUAGUUUAGUUACGUCGGAAACAGAAGAAUGUGAACUCGAACGUAUGGAAUCAGCCUGUGGUACGCGCCCACCUUUUCCGCAGGCAUUUGAGCUAACAACUGAUUACAAUCAAAUUAUUGAGCUAUUUUAUUGUUGCACGAACGAGUUGGCAGAAGAUAGACCAACAGCAAAAACUAUAUGGUCUAUGCUGGAAAAUGAGAAAAACUGUACUGAUGACAAAGAGAAUCAGGAAUCAGAAGAUAUGAAUAAGUAAUUUGUAAUAAAUAAGAAUGAAUCAGUUUUCAAUAUGGAAAGUCCUAAUAAAUUCAUACAAUUAUUUAAAAUA